AAAAAGCAAUUUUAGAAGUCUUAUAUGAUUCUCAUUUUAUUGUGAAUAAAGAUAUAUUAUGUGCUUAAGAACACUUGUUUUCGUUCUGUUGAUUAAUUAUGUUGUAUCUGAACAAGUACCAUUUGUUCCUUGUAAAGGAAAAUCUACGGUUCUAAGCGUUGUGAUCACUCCUUGCAACUCUAGGGAGAUUGAAGGAUGGAAGACAUGUAUUCUUCCACAUGAAUUUACAGUAAGAGUAGAGGCUGCAGUUCUUGCACCUUUCAGUGCAUCUCAGUUGGAAACGGUAGCAACUGCCACUCUAAAUGGCCAUACGAUUCCUCUUCCCAAUUCUGGAAGCAAUCCGUGCUUAGAAAACAUAACGCCCGGGUGUCCUGUGAAGGAAGACAGAAUGUACAUAUUUACAUUCCACUUCGAUGUGCUAAAAUAUUAUCCAUCGGGAAGAAUGCAAAUUCUCUUUCUUGUUCGUGAUAAGAAGACGAAGCGAAAUGUUGGCUGUGUGAAACUCCCUGUUGUCAUAAGUGGCCAGUAAUGUGUCAAAGCUCUGUAAGCAAAUGGUGCAAUAAAAA